AUGACAACAUUAGCGCAAAUAACAACAACACCGAUAACAACAAUUUUGCCAUCGAAAACAACAACUGACAGGAAAACGACAACAUCAGCAAAUAAGACAGCAGCGUCAACGACGCCAGCAGCGUUUAGUAGGAGGACAACAACAGUUUCAACUAGAGGUACACCGACAACAACAAGUGCAUCAAGUACAACAUCAACAGCAGUGCCACCAGCAACUAUAGCCCAAUCCUUACCAGUAACUUCUGCUUCAACGACGAUGACGUCAACGAAAGCAGCAACCGAUUCGACAAUAAACACCUCAACAGCUAUUAUAUCAACGACAGCAACAUCUGGACAGACAACAAUGUCAGCAAUACUGCAAACAACAUGGACGCCGGUGGAGAUCACAAGGACGAGCAUAACCGCAGCAGUGCCGACGUCAAAGGUUAUAACACAGGAAGGAGCAGGGACUUCACCAGCAGCAACAGCAACACCAAAUGAUCUUCUUCUCGUGUCGGCAACUCCUGAUAUACCUCGUACCAGCGUCUCACAAACGAGAUCGGAGUCGACAACUACAACUUCUUCAAAGACAUCUGGAGAAGCUGGAAUUACCACAAUUUCACCAUCUGUAUGGAGUACUGUUACACUGACACCGACGACAGCUUCAACUGUAUCAAGUACAAAUCCCUUCUCACUGGCAAGCAGCGAGUAUGCAACGCCGUCAACGACUGCGGCGAUAGUUUCCUCAACAACAAACCCAGUGACACCUUCCUCAGUGGCGCCCUUUGUUUCAAUUCCCGGAGAUAUCUCUUCCACUGUCAUAACCACUGGGAUAUCAGCCACGGCCCAAGACACAUCAUUGACAGGUACGUCCACAGGGACAACAGCAAGGGCUAUAGGCCUAAAUACUUCACCUGCGCCAUCAACUACGGCAGAAAUAUUUCUAACGGGUACCACAGCUUCUAAUGGAAUAAUCACAACGGUGCCUCCAAGAACCAAACCCAAUGUAGUGAAGAAGCCAGAUAAAGGCCGCAAGCCCAAAGUGUGCUUUCCAGUCCCAGUUGGUGACAGUAAACGUGAACGUCACUCCUGGUUAAAGUGUCUAAACCUUUGCCGUACACCUGGUACAUGUCCUAAAGAUCAAUGCCAAUGUAUUACUGACCAAAAUNUCAAGUUAAUAUACCCUAUUUGA